AUGUGUAAUAUUAUUCAUUACAAGGUGGCGAAUUCGAAUGAUAAUAGGAGGAGGAGGAGUACUAGACAAGAUGAUGAUGAUGAACAAGAGAUUAAUGUGUUUGAUACGAUGUUUCGAGGGAAUAUUAAUAGAGAAGAAGAAAUGUCUGUUAUGGUUUCUGCGUUAACUCAUGUUGUUGUUGGUCAUCAUCCUGAAAAUGUUGAAAAUCAUCAUCAAAAUAAUACGUCGAUUUCUAGGGGUGUUGGAGAAAAAAGAGGACGUGAUGAAGAACAAUUAUUAUUAUUACAUGGAACUAAUUCUUCUCAUAUGACAUUAUCAUCAGGUGGUGAAGGUACAAGCAUUAGGACAAUUACAAGCAGCACAUCAACAACAGAAGCAACAUUUAUAUACACUACUUCAACAAACAAUGUUCAUCAAAAUAGCAGUACUAUUGAUCAAUCUAAUAAUACGAAUGAUAAUCAACUAAGACGACGAUACAGAGGAGUAAGACAGAGGCCAUGGGGAAAAUGGGCAGCUGAAAUAAGAGAUCCAUAUAAAGCAGCGCGUGUUUGGCUAGGUACUUUUGAUACUGCUGAAGGAGCUGCUAGAGCUUAUGAUGAAGCCGCUCUUAGAUUUAGAGGUAGCAAAGCAAAACUCAAUUUCCCAGAAAAUGUUAGUUUAUUGCCUUCUUCAAUUCAACAACCUCCAAAUACCCUUUACUCUGUUUCUUCCGAACCCAACCCAACUUCAUCUCUGUAUCGUUCCAAUUUUAUUAUUGGACAUACCUAUAGGGAUGUGGAGCCAAUAGUUCACACGAAUCGUUCCAAUUUUACUGAACAGUCCUCUAAGGAUGUGGAGCCUAUAGUUCAGAGUUCUUCUUUGUAUCGUUCCAAUUUUAUUGAACGCAUCCCUAGGAAUGAUCCAAUAGUUGAUCACAUGGUGCAGCAAGGGGCAUAUUUUCCAUAUUUUCAGGCAGGUAGUACUAGUCAGAGUACAAGUGGAAGUGAUUUUCAUCAAGCUACAAAUUCUUCUAAUUGGUCAAAUCAUGAUCAUCCUUCUUCUUCAUCUGGAUAA